CAUACCCCACACCUUCUUACCCACUGAACCCAUUCAGCUCAGGUUCAAGGCACACACGACAGAGUAUCACCACUCCAUAUCGAUAUUCUCUGUACUUACAUGCUAACUUUGUGAAUCUCAGUUACUUCAGUCCAUACCCAUUUGUUCCUUUUCUGAUGGGUAUAUAGCUUUAUGAUCUGAGGUCGUGUCCGUAGGUGAUAAAUGCCAAGGAGAGAACAGAUAAAUUUUUCUUAGAUUGACGAAUUGCCUGAAGAAAUGGUCAAGUCAUGCUGGAAACCAUCUGUGGAAGGUGAAGAUGGAGAAGGGAGUGGGAAGGUUGAUGGAUUGCUAUGGCACAAGGAUUUAGGCAAUCAUCUGUAUGGGGAUUUCUCAAUGGCCGUAGUUCAGGCCAAUAGUUCAUUGGAGGAUCGAAGUCAGCUCGAAUCUGGACCCUUCACUUGCAAUAAUGAUAAUAUGGGUCCUCAAGGCACCGUCAUAGGUGUCUACGACGGUCAUGGUGGCUACGAGGCCUCCCAGUUCGUCACCGACAAUCUCUUCUCUAAUCUCAAGAGACUUGCAGGCGAAGAAGGAGGCAUGGCAGAGAGUGUUAUAAAGAAGGCGUAUCGAGCAACAGACGAAGGAUUUCUGUCUAUGGUGAAGAGAAAGUGGAUGAGCAAGCCAGAGAUUGCUUCCACAGGGACGUGUUGCUUAGUGGGGAUAAUCUGUAAUGGGAUGAUAUAUAUAGCAAAUUCUGGAGACUCCCGAGCGGUGCUGGGAAGAAUGGAGAGGGCAACGAAAGAAGUAGUAGCUAUUCAACUAUCCGCAGAACACAACGUUAACAUAGAAACAGUAAGAGAUGAAGUUCGAUCAAAGCACCCCUUUGAUUCACAAAUUGUGGUCCUGAAACAUCAAGUUUGGCGCGUCAAAGGCCUCAUUCAGGUUUCGAGAUCCAUAGGUGAUGCAUAUCUGAAAAAGGCAGAAUUUAACAGAGAGCCUCUGCCAUUGAGGUUUAGAUUGGCGGAAUCCUUCUUCAAGCCUAUUCUCAGCUGUGAGCCGUCAAUAGCAACGCAGAAACUCCAUCCUGACGAUCACUUUCUCAUAUUUGCUUCGGACGGUUUGUGGGAGCACCUUAGCAACCAAGAAGCCGUUAACAUGGUCAAUAAUAACCCACGUAAUGUAAGCUUCCAAAU